CUAAACCCACAGCAGUAAAAUCAGUAUGUAGAUGCCGCAUGCUUGUUAUACUCACUGUGGAACCUAAGGGGUUAAUCCUCUGCAUUGUGUAAAAAGGCUGAUCCUUUCUUCUCUGCCCCUCCUCUUGUUGAAAUGACCACCUGAUACAGACUGAACCCGUGGUCACAUGCACAUGCCCAGUUUUGUGUGUAUUGCUAGAGAAGAGUUUUUUUUCUCUUGGGAAAUUGCAUGUGAUCAGCACAGGGCCAAUCAGCACUGUCCAGACAGAGGGUUAGAGGUUUCACAUCCUCCUAGAGCAGAAAAAACUCCUCCUACAAACUUUAACCAGUGCUCUGCUGAUGCUGAUGAGAAAAGAUAUUUAGCAGUUUAUAUUAACUGAAAUAAUUUCAUUUCCAUGUUCUGUGUACUGUGGGAGAAUAGGUAUAGUGAAU